AGACACGGCAAACUGCAAACAUCGAACAAUUGACUGACGAUAGUCUAUUCGCAGUUCGAGCUCGUACUGCGUAUAGUGGGGGUGAGGAGCCGAAAGGAAAACAAACAAACAUUCCAUUCCCUGCUUUGGCAGUUGCUUGCUGUCAAAGAAUUUAUUGACACCCUUUCAGAGAAUCGCGAAAACCGAAUCCAAUUCAAGAUGAGUGAGCAACUCAAAUUCAUUGUGGAGAGGUUGAAUGAGAGCCCGUUCAACAAGAACUUUAAUCUAAUAUCAUUUGACUCCUCUAGCUCCGAGCAACUUCUGCAAGUAUUGAGCGAUGUUUUGGCUGAGAUGGAUCCUGCUCAUAACGUUGACAUCCGUACAGAAGAGCCCGAGGCAACUACUAUGCGUUUGAUUAAUGCUCUACGGAUACUGAAAUAUAAGACACCACCAGAUGUAUCAUUGAAAGCCUUUGGUCAAGGAAUUGUUCAGGGAGACAAACAAAUAUUGCACCCAGUUUUAGAGUGGUUGCUUCGUAAUCUAGAAGAUUUAAGAAAACGUGCAUACCUUGCAAAGUUUCUGGUGAAAUUGGAAGUGCCUCCUGAGAUUCUUGGAGAUGCAGAUAUUGCAGCAAUGUAUGAACAGUAUGAGAACCUCAUUGAGGAAUUCAAGCUCAUCCACAAGGAAACUGAGACAGUGAAGAACAGCGGUUAUUCUGUUGGAGAGCUCAAGAGUGACAUGGAAGCCAUGGAAAAAGAACGAGACAUUGUGUUGAACCGUAUCCAGCAAGUUCAGAGAAAGGUUGAAGGUGUUCCCUCCUAUGAGGCCAUGCUAUCAGCUGCUCAUGACUUGAGGGUCCAGCGUGAACUUGAAAAGGAACUCAUCAAUCAACGGCAAGAUGAAGAGACCACUCUUUCUCAUCGCGAUCAAAGGCUACAACGCUUACAGCAGCAACUGAAAGACUUGCGUCAUGCUAGUGUUGGUGCCUCACCCCAGGGUCUGUUGCAAAGACUAGAAGAGGAGACAAGUGUCAAUUCUUAUUUAGCUAAACAAAAGCUCCCAAGAGAGAUUGAAGCAAGGGAACAGGAUGUUGCCAUCAUGAGUGCUGUUCUGGCAGAACCUGUUAUGGGCCACAGCGAAUUAGAUGCUCUAAACGCCAAGCUUCAAGCUGUCAAUGCAGAGAUUAGUCAGUUAGUGCAGCGACAUUUAGCAACAAAAAAUCCCGCUGAAGAUAAACUAGCCCCAUUUCGGCAACAGGCUGCAAUAAUUGCUCGCAAAAAGGAGUCUACAGCUGAACAGCUUGCUGAAAUGCGUGCUCGAGUAGCAUCUCUUGAUGAAGAGCUUCAGGAAAAGCAAAGUCAACUGCAGUCUGUAGCUGGUGAUGCUGUCUUAAGGGGAGAAGAAUUCAAACGAUAUGUGAAUAAACUGCGUGGUAGAAGUUCCUUGUAUAAAAGACACAGAAGUCAACUCUCUGCUUUGAAGGCAGAAUCAGGUGUUUUGUCUUGGACAACUCAAAUAUUGACAUCUCGUACUGAGAAAACAUUGUCUGGAAUGGCUACAGUUGCUGCUCAGCAUGGAAUGUCUGGAAUUUUGGAAACAGAGUCGCGCUUGGAUGAAAUGGCUCUUCAAAAAAGUGAGCUGGACAUGGCUAAGGGGCAGAGUCUAGAGCAGAUUUCUGGGUUGGUUCUUCAACUCAGGGAACAGAUUGCAAGUCGUAAAGCUCAACUGGCUCCAGUAAUUAAAGAGCUGAGACCUUUGCGUGAAAAGUGUCAGGAACUUACUGCUGAGUACAAUCAAACCAAGCAGAGACAUGACUCAACUGCUGCUGGACUAGACAGCAGCUUGGCUAAACUUGAACAGGAAACCAAUGCCUUGCAAGAAGAACGUGAUGAUUGGGAAUCAGAAUGUCACUUACUUGAGGCUAAAAGUGUGAUUAUGGAAACAGAGCUUGAGCGUGUUGCAGAAGAAAUCCGGCUUUAUCGAGGUGGAGAUGGUGUUGAAAAAGGAAAGAAAACGCUUCGUGAGCAGCUUGGUGCUGCCAUAUCUGAACGGGAGAAGCAGAGCCGGGUAUUAAAGGAAGAGCAGAAGACCGUUCAAGAAGUUCAAGUGAACAACCAGCUUCAAAAACAACUUUGGAGCCAAAUUCAAGAGUUGAUGGAGGCAAAACUUCAAUGCUACAGCAGAGCCAAGGAGAUGUCUGGGACUGUCACCAUAGAGAGAGGAUCUGAAACGCUUGUUCUGCAGUAGUCUGUCAUCGUGUCUCAUCAACUUAACCACGUUACUAUCACCUCUAGUCACUGUUUAGUUUUAUUUAAUUAGUAUUUAGUGGAACUUCCGUCCAAUUUGUUAUUUAUUUAUUGAUGCGCACCAAAGUAUUCUCAGCAACCACAAACCAAAGAUGUUUUAGCAAGUACUUUAUUUUAUUUAUGCAAAAUGAAG